AUGAAUAAGUUAUCAACUUCUUGUGAAAAUACAUCAAAAAAUAUAAAUGAGAAAAAAUUAGAAUGUAAUAAAAAAAGUGGAAAUAAAAUUGAAUCUAGAAUUUGUCCAAAAGAUGCAGAAUAUAUAUCUGAAUUAAUUUUAAAUACAGAUAAUAAAAAAAUUGAAAUAAAUAAAACCCCAAAUAAAAAUCCGAUUAGUUCAACAGAAAUGAACAUAUCUAUUAAUAAUGUAUGUAUAGAUCAAGAAAAAAAAAAAAAAAAAAAAAAUAUUUCUAUAAAUAACGAAGAAGAAAUAGAUGAUAAUAAAAAUAAAGAUAUGUCUCCAAAAUUAGGAGAACAAUAUUGCAGAUCUAUAGAUGAAGAAAAUGAAUAUAUAGAAGAUUGGGAAGUUAUUAGAAAACGAAUAUUUGACCCUACAUUAGGAUUACGAAAACAUUAUGCUAAAGAAUUAUUAUCAUGUGGUGAAAAAUAUAAUACUCGAAUUUUAGAAAAAUGGUCAUCUAUGAUAGAUAGAAAUAUAAAUUGGUUUAAAAAAGCACAUAAAACUACAUUUCUUAGGAGAGUGAAAAGAGGAAUUCCACAAAAAUAUAGAUGGAAAGUUUGGAUGCAUAUAACAAAUAGUACAAGUUUAAUAAAUAAAUUUGAAAAAAAAUAUUAUUAUUUAUAUAAAAAAACAUCAAAUUAUAGUAAUUUAAUAUAUAUUGAUAUAUCAAGAACAUUUCCAGAAUUAUUAAUUUUUGAUAAAUAUGCUCAAGAUCAAUUAUAUAGAAUCUUAAAUGCAUAUGCAAAUUAUGAAUCAUCAGUUGGAUAUUGUCAAGGGAUGAAUUUUAUAGUUGGAUUAUUAUUAAUUGUUAGUAAUUUUAACGAACUUGAAACAUUUUGUGUUUUAGUUACAUUAAUGGAUAAUUAUCAUUUAAAAAAUUUUUAUAAAGAAAAAUUUCCUUUACUUAAUAGAUUUAUAUAUGUUUUUGAAAAAAUACUAAAAUUUGAAAUUCCAGAUUUAUAUCAACAUUUUAAAAAUGAAGAAGUCCAUCCUCCAGUUUAUUUACAUCAAUGGUUUUUAACUUUGUUUAUUGCAAGUUUGCCAAUAAAAAGUGUUAUUGUUAUUUGGGAUUAUUUAUUUAGUACUAGUAUAAAAAUGAUAUUAAUUAUAUCUAUUGCUUUAUUAAAAAUAUUAAAAAAUUAUUUAAUUAAAAAUAAUUUUGAAAAAAUUCUUAAGCUUCUUAAAUCAAUGAAAUAUAACGAAAGUAAUGAUGAUAUACUAAUUGCUAAAUUGUUAAUAAAAAAAUCAGAAUUUGUUAUUUUAAAUACAGGAUUAGCAUAUAUAUUUGAAAACAUAGAAAGAGAAGAUAUCCCAUUAGAUGUCAAAUUCAAAUUUUCUAUAAAUAAUAUCACAAAUUUUCAUUUUAAAACUGUAACGUCAAAUUCUUCUAAAAAUGAUGAAAAUCGAACCAACAUUGUUAAGUCAACUGAUAAUGAAAAUGGUAACACCUUUUCAGAUCUUGAUGGAAUUUCAUUAUUGAAUUUUUUUUCUACUAAUAUUUUGCCAAAAACUAAUUAUAAUAAUACUAAGGAAGAAGAUAAGGAACUUAUACAGAAUGCCAAUUAUGAUUUAAAAAAUUUUGAAAAAACGGAGAGCCAAACUAAUAUAAAUGAAAUAUAUUAUAAAAUGUUGCGCAGUAAUGAAAAAAACCAGACAGAUAAUGAAAGCGACAACGAUUCAUUUUAUGCCAAAAGUGGUAAAAAUGGUCAAAAUGGUAAAAAUGGUCAAAAUGGUAAAAAUGGUCAAAAUGGUAAAAAUGGUCAAAAUGGUAAAAAUGGUAAAAAUGUGCACACUGCCGAAUUUGCGAAGCAUGACCAAGAUAGCAAUCAUUCCGAAUGUAACGAUUUGCAAGACCAAAUAAAAGAAAACCACAAGUAUGAAUUAGGCGAAAAUGGAAAUGGUGGCGAUGGCGAUGGAAAUGGUGGCGAUGGCGAUGGAAAUGGUGGCGAUGGCGAUGGAAAUGGUGGCGAUGGCGAUGGAAAUGGUGGCGAUGGCGAGAGUAGUCAGCAUACCAUUUAUCCCAACAUGUGUGAGGACAAAGAUUCCAAACAAAUUAAUUUUGCAAAGUGUAAUUCGAUAAAUGGUAAAAAUGAUAGAAAAAAAAAUUCAGAAAAUAUCAAAAGGCAUGCCUACUAUUAUAAAACUGACUCCUUUUCCGACGAAAGCAAAAGCGGCCAAAACAAAGGCGGCCAAAAUAGAGGCGGUCAAAACAAAAGUGGCCAGCAUAAAAGUGGCCAGCAUAAAAGUGGCCAGCAUAAAAGUGGCCAACAUAAUAUAAUUAACAAAAUAAAAAAACAAUUUAAAUAUAAUGAUAAAGAUAUAGAACAAAAUGAUGAGCAAAUACAAAUAAUUGAUAGUAGUGAAGAAUUCCCACAUACCGAUGUUAUUAAUAGAGAAGAAAGCAUAUUGAAUAUAUCUGAAUAUAUAAAUAAUAAUGAUGAUAAUAAAAUACAAAACAAUUCAGAUGAUAAUGGGUUAAGCUUUUUUAAUCUAAUUCAAUCAUAUACUAAAGAUAAUAGUUGGUUUGAUGUAUCAUCCAUAAAUAAAUAUUACCAUUUUAAUAAAAAGAGUUCGGAUUUUGAAUUAGAUAGUAUGGGAAUUGGCAAAACAGACAAAUUUGAAGAUAGCAACUAA